AUGGCAUUUGAGUUUCUCCCGUUCUUGUCCGUCGUCUUUGGCUGGGUUUACUUCCUAUGCUGGUCCGGCUCAUUCUACCCGCAACCUCUUCUCAACUUUACCAGGAAAACGACGGCCGGCACAACGGUUGAUUUUCCACUGAUCAAUUGCCUGGGUUUCUUAGCAUACCUUGUCUCCAACGCGUGCCUUUACUACUCUCCACUCGUCCGCUCUCAGUACGCCGCGCGCAACCACGGUCUUACCCCGACUGUUGCCUUCAACGACAUCACCUUCGCUGCCCACGCUCUUCUCCUUUCCUGUAUCACCACCAGUCAAUAUCUGCCAAAGCUUUGGGGUUUCGCGCCUGCCUCGGGAACCAAGCCCAGCCGCUUCAUCACGGGUAUCGCUUUUGGUUGCAUUGUCGGAGUUAUUGUUGUAGCUUUCAUCGUCGCAACGGCGACUGGUGAUGGUGACCCGCGAACGAGCUGGUGCGCACUAGAUGUUGUCUACGCUAUCUCUUACGUCAAACUUGUCAUCACUCUUAUCAAGUACACGCCGCAGGUUAUUACCAACUACCGCAAUAAGUCCACCAAGGGCUGGUCCAUCUGGCAAAUUCUUCUUGAUUUCUCCGGUGGUCUGCUGUCUUGUGCCCAGCAAGCUAUCGAUUCAUACUUGCAGCAUGAUUGGUCUGGCAUUACGGGAAACCCCGUCAAGUUCGCCCUGGGCAACGUCUCCAUGGUGUACGACUUGGUCUUCAUGACACAACACUACAUCCUGUAUCGCGGUUCUGAGGGAAAAGCUGACGAGAGGGAUUCCCUUCUCCGAGCGGAUGAUGAGGAGCAUCAAAGAAUAGAUUAA